AUGAGAAUCCAAUAUCAAAAAGAUAUAACAUUUAAAGCGACUUUUAAUAAAUUAGGAUAUGUUCCUGGUGAAAUAAUUCAAUUUAUAUUAGAAAUGGAAAAUCCACGAAGAGUUUUAAUUAAACGUAUUGAUCUUUCAAUGGUACAAACAUGUGAAAUUGGAAGAGCUGCGUAUAGUUUACCUAUAUCUCGGACGAUAUUACCAAAGAUUCGAAAUUUAACAGAUCAACAAAUAAGACAAAAAUUUUCUAUAAAAAUCCCUUUAGUACCAAUUUCUCCAUCAUAUCAAUUUCGAGGAGAAAUUCGAAAAAUUGCUGUAAUUAAUAUUUGUUAUAUGUUUCAAUUUACAGUUAAAGUUGAAGAAAGGUGUAUUUGUUAUGAUGUUCAUAUUCCGAUUAUAUUAGGAACAGACCCAAAUCCUGAUUUAAGUCAACAACCAACAUCUAAUUCCAUAAUAUUCGAUAUGGCUUUACGCUUCAACGAUGAUAAUAGUCGCUCAUCAUUUCCAAUGUACUUUGGUCAUCAAAUGAAAUUUGGCGAUGCUGCUUCUACACCAUUGCAAUUGAUUAAAUUGCACGUCGAACAGCAAGUGAAUGCAACAUUUCCACUCAUACAUCAAGUGGCAACAACAAUGACAUUUAAAAAUGAUUAUAAUCAUGUAUUAGAAGGAGCUUUAGAAUUUACACUACCUGAAAAAGCAACAAUUUGUGGAUUCGGUCUUGAUGUUGAUGGUGUCAUCGUUGAUGGUGUUGUUGUUGAAAAAGAAAAAGCUCGUAUUACAUUUGAAAAAGAAGUUCGAAAAGGUGUCGAUCCUGGAUUAGUGGAAAAAGUUCAAGGAAAUAUAUUUCGUACAAGAGUUUAUCCAAUACAACCUGGAGGUAUACGAAUAGUACGUGUCAUUUAUCAAGACCAAGCACAAUUUGAAAAUGAUCAUUUUCUCUUCCAUAUUCCUAUCUAUUUUACUAAUAUUCUCGAAAAUUUGGACAUUUCAUUGACUUGUGAACAUUCAACAAAUCAUCGUCAACCCGAAUUUCUUUCAAAUGUUAAAUUUAAACAGCCUUUCGUCAAUUUAAAUGGCAAAUAUUGUUCUGAACUUCAUCUUGUCAAUGUUGAACCAUCACAAGAUGAACAGUCUGUUACAUACAUGUUAAGAACUUUAGUAGCAGAACAAGUCAUGUACGGUAUAGAAAUUGAUCCUGAUGAUCAUAGUCAAGCCUAUUUUGCUCUAUGUUAUAUGCCACCAUUACCGCAAGACAAUAAAAUCAUAGCUAAUAAUCAACAAGUAAUGUCCGUUUGUAUACUAUGGGAUGCUAGUUUAAGUCGAGCAAAUGUUGAAAAUCGUAAUCAUGAAAUUAAUAUACUUAAGAAUAUAUUAGAUAUUUGGCAGUCGAAUGGUACCAUUGUGAACAUAACCGUAAUUAUAUUUCGAAACGUACUUGAAGAACCUAGUACAUUUCAACUACAUGAUAAAAAUUAUUGGUCAAAACUCAAUCAAUUAUUAACUAAUCUAUCAUAUGAUGGUGCAACGAAUCUAUUUCAACUAACUACAAUUUCAACUAGUGUGCCAAAUGUUACACACUACUUUUUAUUUAGUGAUUGUCUUUCGACAAUAGGCGAUGAUGAUCCAACACUAUUGACUCAAUUGACAACCAAACCAAUAUGGAUAUUCAAUGCAAAUCUUGCACAAGAACCAACAAAUUUUUCAUUGAUUAACUACUUAACUAAUGUUAGUGGUGGUAAUUACAUUUCGCGUGAUAAAAUUAUGGCUCAAAAUAGUGCAAAAAAUAUCGUUGAAUGGAUCGAUAAACCACAGUCCAAAUUUAUUGAUAUAGAUAUUAUGAAUAAUGCCAAUGUUCAUGAUAUUUAUCCGAGUUAUUCGAUUAUUUUAACACCUAAUUCAGAAAGAUUCAUACUCGUCGGAAAAAUGUCAUCAACAGUUUCAGCUAAAAUUUCUAUUAAUUUUUCUAUCUUAAAUCAAAUACAUCGUAAAGAACUGACAAUCGAUAAAGCAGAUUGUACAUCGGAAAAUUAUGGAUUAUUACGUCGCUUAUAUGCGAAACAAAUGUUAACGGAAUUAACUGCAUUUCCAGAAAAAAAUAAACAACGUAUUUUAGAAAUUGGUAUGAAAUAUUCUAUUGUGAAUGAUUUCACAUCUAUACUUGUCUUAGAAACAUUACAACAACAUAUUGAACAUAAAAUAUGUCCACAUCCAUCACGUCGAACAUUAUACAAUGAUUAUGUGAAGUAUCAACAAAAUAAAACACAACAAGAAACGACAAAAAGUCAAGCCAAACUGACAGCUGUCUUAAAUUUAUGGCAAACACGUUGCACAUGGUACGAUAGAGCGAUAACGGAUAAAGAUCGUACAAACGCAUUCAAGAAAACCAGAACUUCUAGUACACAUAAUACGAGUGCACAUCGUAUGUCAAUGUCACGAAUUCGAUCAAAUUUUGCUAGAGUCAUGGGAUCUCAGCAAGCAAUCCAUCUGUCAAGAGAAGUAUGCAUGCAAUCCACGACUUUACCAUCACUGUGCUCGCGUCGAAGUCUUCAACCAACGCUAUCAUACCCAUCAAAAUCAUUCUCCGCCCUGUCGAGCUAUAAUACAGAAUCGAAUAUGGUUGAUGAAAAUGAAGAGGAAUAUUUCGACGAUGAUAGAUCUAUUAGUCCUAAUCAUGGAAAUACUACUAGUAGUACUCGUUCAAUUACACUUCAAAACUGGGAUCCACAAACACCUUACAUGGACAAAAUUAAAUCAACCACUAGUUCACAAACUGCUUAUCAAAUUUAUUUAGAUGAACGCCAAUCAUAUUCAAAAUCACCAUCAUUCUAUUUUGAUAUAGCAUCUUAUUUUUUUGCAAAAGCUCGUUCUUCAACAUCGAAAUCAUCAUCCAUUGAUACAUUUAAUAAACAUCAUUCAGUUUCCAUUUUUGGCAUUAAAAUAUUUUCACGUGAAACUGAUCUCAAUAAUGGUAGUGAUUCCAAUGUGAAUAAUUAUGAAUUUUUAGGUUUGCGUAUUUUAACAAAUGUAUUAGAACUAGAAUUAGAAUCACCACAACUGUUAAGAACCGUUGCUUAUAAACUUGUUGAACUUGGCUUUGUUAAUUUAGCUGAGAAUAUUUUUCGACAUAUUGUAACUUUAAGAUCGGACGAACCACAAUCAUUUCGAGAUCUCGCAUUAUUAUUACAAGAAUCUUAUAUUCAAAAUAAGAACAUUAUUGAAAUAUCAGAUCUAUUUAAGAAAGUUAUAUUUGGUGAGUGGGAUAAUCGUUUUGCUGAAAUUGAAGUUACAACAUUACAUGAAUUUAAUUGCUUUCUAUUCGAAUAUCAUCAACAAAAACAAAUGUCGAAUUCAAUUGAUCAUCGUGUCAUUCGACAUUUACCGGUUGACUUAAGAAUAGUUAUGGUUUGGGACACCAAUGAUACUGAUGUUGAUUUACAUGUCAUUGAACCGACGGGUGAAGAAUGUUAUUAUGCCCAUAAAAAUACUGCUAUUGGUGGUAUGAUAAGUCGGGAUUUUACAAAUGGCUAUGGGCCAGAAGAAUAUCUGAUUCGAAAGGCAGUCAAAGGUACAUAUACAGUUCGAGCAAAAUAUUUUGCUAAUCAUCAACAAAGUCUAACUGGUGCAACGACAAUAAUGGUACAUAUCUAUAAAUAUUAUGGUCAAUCGAAUCAGCAAAAAGAAAUUGUAACACUACGAUUGAAUAGUAACCAAGAAAUGAUCGAUGUCUGUAAAGUGGAGUUCGACGAUGAUCUCAAACAUAAAUCAAAAAAUAAAGCACCUCAUCCUAAAAAAUCGAAUACGACUAUUCAUUCAAAUGUUAUUUGUGAUGGAUGUGAUAUGUCACCAAUAAAAGGAGAUCGUUACAGAUGUUUAUUCUGUCCAGAUAUUGACUUUUGUGAAUCAUGCAAAUCGGCUAGUAGAACAAAUUAUGAGUCGAAUCAUCAGUACAAUCAUCCAUUACUAUGCAUUAAAGAUUCAAGCGAAUAUUCAGAGUCAUUUUAUUUACUUAAUCGUACUGAUAUCAAUCAUACAAAUAUUCAAUGCAAUUCAUGUUUUAUGAAACCGAUAAUAGGUAUUCGUUAUCAGUGUAUUUGUGGAAUAAAUUUAUGUGAACAAUGUGAAUUUACGGGUCUGCAUGAUCAAAAUCAUCAUCGUACAAAAAUAACUAAUCCAGUAUAA